AAAAGGUUCCAAUCACUGCAAGAAUAUGCAGUUUGAAUUGCUUGGCCACAUUUCAAACUUUAUUUCAAAAGCACCUUUCACCUCUCCAGAAAAAAAAAACAUUCAAUUUUUUUGUAACUACUUGUAUUAAACUACAAGUAGCAACUAUUUCAAACCAAGCAAGCACAAACACACACUUAAACAGAAAUUACAAAUAUCAGGAUCAAGCUCCUAUUCUAAGCUAGAAAGCAUGGCUGAUUUCAGCCCCAAAGAAUGGUGUGUCAAGCCUCAAAUCACGAACACGAACACAAGCACGAGACGGUUUUCAGCAUCAAAUUGGAAGAGCUUCAGAGAAGAUGAAAGGUCAUUAAGAACAGCUACAACAAUUUCCAGCACUGUAUCAUCUCCUGGAUAUACUGCUACAGACAAAAUUGAUCCUUCAACAUAUUCAUUCACAACAGCCAUCAAAGGGUUGCAGAGACGAGGAGUGUGGUCGUGUGAAUACAUAGGCGAGCUGCAGUUAAAAUGGAGCGAUGCAGAGAGAUACAUAUCGAAUCCGGUGUCAGGCCAAGUGCCCGUGGAAUGCUUGUCGGCCAAAGCGUUAGGCGUCAGAUCCUUCAGCACUCUAACUAGUAACAGAAUCACCAUUACCGCGCCACUCCAUUUCCGGACUUAUGACCACCAUAUCAAAAUGCAAGAGAAGAAGGCCGUCACUAGAGAUGUCGGAACACAGAGCGCGGACGUUAGUGUUAGUGCACCAAACACUCCUUCCAUCCGAGAAACUUCGCCAAAACACAGCCGAGGAGAAUCCGUAGAUUCCUCUCUUUCUACUCGCCAGGAGAUACCACAACGAGAGUGCCGAAAAGAAACGCCUUAAUUACUAUAGAACAGAUGGAGUAGUUUUUUUUCGCAAUCCUAUAUACAUGUAAGUCUCCCUCAUAUUCAAAUUGCAAAGUCUUUUUUGCAUAUAUAUUAAUAUAAAAAAGUAGAUCCAAAUUAAUCUUACUUAAUCCUAAUACUAUAGAUUAAAAAUUGACAACCAUUAUAUUUAGAGUAUGUUUAAAAACUGAAAAUAUCGACUUCCCUUGGAAAUGGGAAUAGGAAUGACUUAGAAAUUUGAAUAGGAAGGAGACAGCUUAAUUGUUUUAUGGUGACUAAUAACCAUCUAGUGUUUAUUUCAUUAGUACCAAAUAUUGUGCGUGCAAUUAUUAUACUAGUAUAUUAUUAUUGUGCGCGGAAUGAAAUGGACAAUUGAGAAGUUUUUGUAGUUGUAAUGAGAAUAAAGUGUGAGAUUUACGAGAAAGAAUUGAUGUAUUAAGAGAGCAGACAAUUAAGAUUUUAUGUUAGAUAGCCAUCAAUCGUGAUGGGCUGUCCCUCUCGCAUGUGACAAGUGCCCAACCCAUAUGUAAAGUGCUUAUGUGGUCACACUUUGCUUCUUUCCUACACAUGCAUGCAUAUAUGAAGUGAGAGAACAUGUUGUCACAAUUUUCAUCAUUUUAUCAACUAGUGUAUGACCCAUUUUUAUGUCAACAAGCAGGGGCAUAUCUACUGGGCAAUUGCCCCACCUCACAUUUUCAUAUUAAUAUAUAUUAUGUAUUUUACAAUUUAUUUUUUUCAAUUUCUUCUUAAAUACCCCUCCUCAAAUUCUUAAAAUUCUCUCAUACGUAAACUUGCCCCUCUCCCUAUAAAUUCCUAGCUCCACCCCUGUCAACAAGGUUGAAGUUGAGAACAUGUGGUCACAAUUUUCGAUCAUUUUAUCAACUAGUGUAUGGCCCAUUUUUAUGUCAACAAGGUUGAAGUUGUACAAGUAUUGUGACUAUCUCGACUUCUUUAUAUAAAUAUGUCAUCUUUUUUUCUUUUCUUUUUCGUGGUGGGUGAUCUUUUUGUAUUGGUUGGUUUUAGUUUUGGAUUGCCUUUGGUUAGUUUAUUUUUUUCGACGUAAUAGGUUCGUAGAUGAUUGUGUUUGGCCUUUUAUGUUUUGCUUGUUUAGAGAUCUUUUAAUGUUAUGUGUCUCUUUAUUGCACAACUCACUGUCUUUUGGCUUGAGCAUUUCGAUUUAUCAGAAAAAAUAUGUCAACAUGGUUGAAUGGUGUUUUUAGGUGGGGGAGACAGAAAGUAAGGAGAAAGAAAUUAGAAAUAUAGAACAAGGAAGAGAGAGGAAGAAGAAGAUGAUGUGUAGCCAAGAAGGAAGAGAGAGGAAGAAGAAGAUGAUGUGUAGCCAAGAAGGGGGACGAAGAAGAAGAGGAGGAUGUUUGUCAUUUAAGGGUUUGUGGCAAAGAAGAAACAAAUGCAAUUGCAAACCCAAGAAAAACAACAAUACUCAUUCUUCCUCGUCACCAACCUUUCUAUAUCAUAUUAAUGCUUGUUACGAUGUUUAAUUUUUUUCUUUUCAAUCACAUACAUUUUUAGACACUCUGAUCUUAUAUUUUCAGUUAUAUAAUCAACUUGUUUGUUGGUGUAA